AAUUUAAUACAUUAAUUAAUAAUAUGUCUUUAUGUACGUGUCUUUUGUGAAACUGUCGUUUAUAGAUAUAAGUUAGCUGGUGGUAAAUAUCCACAAUGGCCUGUCAGGGUCAGAUAAACCUCACUUUAACGUCUUUACCAUCAGCUAUGGCGUAUCGUUAGUGUCACUGGAGGCUGUGAGGCUCAAAUCUCAGUGUGUUGAUAGUUUGAGGCGGUUGUCAGGAGGAAAUCCACUAUCGGUGUGUCAAAACACAUUUUAUACUUGCUUGGGCCAAAAGCAAGUUUAUUCGUCGCGUUUGGAGAGCACAUUCAUCAUGGCUAAGCUUCAGUCGGGGAACGGAGUGCAGUGGAAGGACAGCAGGAGUCCGCGGGGCACGCCGGAGAAUCUGGCCGAGCACGAGAGCUCUUCUCUGGGCUCAGACUCCGAGCUCAACGGGUUCGCCAACACGGAGACCCAGACCGACAGAUAUGGCUUCAUAGGAGGAGCUCAACAGAGCGCAGGAGAAAAUGAUGAUAUUCCUCCAGACGUGCUCCGGCAGAGAGAAGCCAAAUGGCUGGAUAUGCUGAACAGCUGGGACAAGUGGAUGGCCAAAAAACACAAGAAGGUGAAGUUGCGUUGUCAGAAGGGCAUCCCUCCAUCACUCAGAGGUCGUGCUUGGCUUUAUCUUUCUGGAGGCAAAGUGAAGAGAGAACAGAAUCUGGGCAAAUUUCAGGAGUUGGACAGUCAGCCAGGAGAUCCUAAAUGGCUGGACGUGAUAGAAAAAGACCUCCACAGACAGUUUCCCUUCCACGAGAUGUUUGUAGCUCGAGGAGGCCACGGGCAGCAGGAUCUGUUCCGGGUGUUGAAGGCAUACACACUGCACAGACCGGAGGAGGGUUACUGUCAGGCGCAGGCCCCUAUAGCCGCAGUGCUGCUCAUGCACAUGCCUGCUGAGGAUGCAUUCUGGGGUCUGGUCCAGAUCUGUGAGAAGUAUCUGCCCGGAUACUACAGCGCAGGCCUGGAGGCCAUCCAGUUAGACGGCGAGAUCCUGUUCGCUCUGCUCAAGCGCGUGUCCCCGGUGGCCCACCGGCAUCUGAAGAAACACAAGAUUGACCCUAUCCUCUACAUGACAGAGUGGUUCAUGUGUGCCUUCUCUAGAACGCUGCCCUGGGCCUCUGUGCUGCGCGUGUGGGACAUGUUCUUCUGUGAGGGAGUGAAGAUCAUCUUCCGCGUGGGUCUGGUGCUCCUGAAGUGCAUGCUGGGAUCUCAAGAGAAACUGAAGGCGUGUCAGGGCCAGUAUGAGACCAUGGAGCUGCUCAGAUCUAUUGAGCCACGAUACAUGCACGAGGUUUUCCUAGUACAAGAGGUCAUUGAAUUGACCGUGUCUGAGCGAGACAUAGAGAAGGAGCACCUCUCUCAGCUCCGGCGCUGGAAGGAGACCCACGGAGAGCUGCACUGUAAAUCCCCACCCAGAAUGCACGGCGCCAAAGCCAUCAUGGCCGCCGAGCCGCCCAGUCGCCAGGAGCUCAAACAAAAGCCCACAAUCAUCGUCGAGGCACCGCAGACCACCGAGAGCCAGGCGGACAAAGGGAAAAAAGCCAAGAAGAGCAAAACGGAGAAGAAUAAAGACACCAUUAACACCUCGCCUCCCCUUAAUCCGUACCCGUUACCCAGAGACCCAGCACUGCAGAGCGGCAACCUCUCGCAGCUCCUGCAGAAAGACACACUCCUGCAGAGCUCCAGUCAGAGUCUGAGCAGCGCAGAGCACGACACGUACCUGUAAACCUGUUCACUGUGCUAAAACAUCUGGCAUCAGUCCGCUCCUGCCUCCCCACUCUCAGGAUUUCCCAUCAGAGGGGAGUUCACAUGACCAAGCUAUACUUGUGGGAGUCACAGUCACGUAGGAGAAGUUAUUACAGAGGAUGCCACUUUACAUCAUGAGCUUUAAAGUGUGUUUACUGGAUUAUAUGUAUAUGUGCAUGUUUGGAAAUGAAAUGAAGGAUAGCCAAAAGCAACUCUCAGAUCUCUAAAUGAAGCGUUUAUGAGCUGCGCUGGAUGCAGAUGUUCUCAUGCGGUUUAAACUAGUUAUGGUUCCUGUACAGAAGACACACUGUAGUGGGAUGCAAGUACAUUUCCUCCAUCUUCCUCAGGAGAUUACAUCUGUCUGUUUUUGUUCUUGAAUAGUUAUGCCUAAAUGAAAGAUUUUUGUAUUUGAAUUGCUUAUAAAAUGUUCAUCCUUACACAGUUUAAACAUAAAUGAACGAAUACAUUUAAUAUGACGCAGAUUUGUCAGUCAUACAUGAAACGGGUCAGAUUUCUGUAAUAGUACUAAUAAGCUAAACGUUUUGAAUGCACAAUAACCUGGUUUAUAUAUUUAUCAUCAAUCAAUCCAGUUUGUUACAUUCAUGUUAACUGAUUGAAUAUUACUUGUUCAUACUUUUUAACUGAAUAAAUGUAAUUAUUUUCACGAUUUAUGCUCAUUAUAAGCAAUUUGGAUGAAUAUG